UAUUGUUGUGUGUAUGUGACCAUUUAAUUCCAACUUAAAUCAAAUCGCACCAGAGAUGGAGGAAAAGCAUAUUGAUGAUAUUCAAACACCGACGGUAGAUGAACAUUUUGAAUUAUUGUUGAGUGAUGAUAAUAUAAUUAACCCAAAUUUUAUGAAUGUAACGCCCAAUAAUCUUCCACAUUGGUAUAAUGAAAAAUUAUUUAAAAAAGCUCAAAAUUAUUAUAAGCAAAACUUAAUAUCAAUGGUGCAAGCGAGUAUUGCUGGACUUAUUGCAAUAAUAGUAGUCCCGGAAACAUUAAGAGUACUCGUAUACACACAAAAAAACAGUAUGCCUUGCGUGACUUUCAGCCGAUAUACCCAAACUCUGAUACAUAUGUACAAGCUGUAUACAUGUGAUCCAAACGAUCCAAACUCUGACUUGUACAAAACAUUAAACGUAAUUCAUCGAAAACAUAAGAUGAGUAGUAGGAGAUCAGAGAACGCUGGUGUCGGAGGAAUUUACAAACGAGAUAUGGCAAUCACACAAUUCGCUUUUAUAGGAUAUAUAUUAAUGACUCCAAAAUCGAUCGGUUUGUCCAUUAAACCACAAGAAGAAGAAGCACUUAAUCAUUUCUGGCGUGUGACAGGUCAUAUGUUGGAAAUUCCCGAUCGAUUAAAUCUAUGUCGCAAAACUGUAGCAGAAACUCGUGAAUUAUGUCAAAAAGUUAACAAUGUUUUGACACAAUAUUUGAUUAAUGCUCCAUUGCAAUUCUAUGAUAUAGCAUCAGCCAUAUUAGAUGGAUUAUGGUAUAUGGAUGUAACUAUAGAUAAACAUGCUUUUCUAAAAUUUACCUAUCAGCUGCAUGGUAUAAAAUAUAAUAAAUCACUUGGUUGGUACAGUCGAUUUAAUGCAAAAUUUCGCGAUUUCAUAAUUUACCUUUGCCUUGUACCGUAUAUCGGAGCAAUAGUAAGAACUUAUUAUAAAUACGUGCUUUUAUUUACACUAUGGUUUGUAAAGAAAUGGCCUGUAUUAGCAUGGUUAUCAAUUGGCAAAAAAAAUUCUCAUAUUAAUCUGUAUUAA